GAAGAGGGAUAGAGAUGAAGUGAGAGGGAGAGCAAGAGAGAUGAAGGGAGAGGGGGCAGCCUAGAGCCGUGGACAGGUCGAGUGGACACGUCAGCCCCAGGCAGUCACUGCCGGCCCUGCUCCCAUUGACCGAGCUCCAGGUGGGAGUCUCCCAGCCUCAUCCCGCCCACCCUGCCCGAUACUUAUUGAGCUUUGACAGGUGCUGAGGGUUUUGUUGAAGGGGAGCGACUGUGGCCUCGCUCCGAGACCGACCGUGCGUGUGGUGCAAGAAGGUGCAUGUUGUCUGCCUAGUCCCGAGGAAAGUGAGAGAGAGAGAGAGAAAGAGAAAAAGAAAGAAAAGAGAGUGUCCAAGAUUUCUCCAGAGAGAGUUGAGCCCAAGUGGAGCCUGUGGCCAUGACUCAAAUCGAAUCUCAUGUAACGUACAAUCACAACACGUAUGUGGUGGAAGAAUAUAUGCUUCAGGAAGAUGAUUGGGACCGCGAUCUCCUCCUCGACCCAGCCUGGGAGAAGCAGCAACGCAAGACAUUCACGGCCUGGUGCAACUCUCACCUGAGGAAGGCGGGGACACAGAUCGAGAACAUCGAGGAUGACUUCCGCAAUGGCCUGAAGCUGAUGCUGCUGCUGGAGGUCAUCUCUGGUGAGCGACUGCCCAAGCCGGACAAGGGCAAGAUGCGUUUCCACAAGAUCGCCAACGUCAACAAGGCCCUGGACUACAUCUCCAGCAAGGGCGUCAAGCUGGUGUCCAUCGGAGCCGAGGAGAAAUCGGACGGCAACCUGAGCAUGACCCUCGGAAUGAUCUGGACCAUCAUCCUCCGUUUCGCCAUCCAGGACAUCUCUGUGGAAGAAACCUCGGCCAAGGAGGGGCUACUGUUGUGGUGUCAACGCAAGACGGCUCCUUACCGCAAUGUCAACGUCCAGAAACUUCCACAUCAGGACGAUCCCAUUGGAAAUUUGAACCAGGCUCUUUUCGAAGUGGCUGAGAAUAUCUGGACAUCCCUAAAAAUGUUGGACGCUGAAGACAUCGUGAACACCCCCAAACCAGACGAGAAGGCCAUCAUGACCUACGUGUCGUGUUUCUACCACGCCUUUGCUGGGGCCGAACAGGCUGAGACGGCCGCCAACAGGAUCUGCAAAGUCCUUGCAGUGAACCAGGAGAACGAGAAGUUGAUGGAGGAGUACGAGAAGCUGGCCAGUGAGGUGGAGAAGACGAUGCUCUCCCAUGCCUCAGAAACUCUGGAGGACUUCCCCGAUUUCCUUCCCCUUUCCAAGCCCCCGCGGGUCCUCUUCUGCCAUCUGGAGAUCAACUUCAACACUCUGCAGACCAAGCUUCGGCUCAGCAACCGGCCCGCCUUCAUGCCCUCCGAGGGCAAGAUGGUGUCCGACAUCGCCAACGCCUGGAAGGGGCUGGAGCAGGUGGAGAAGGGCUACCCUUUCCCUCUGCUCUUCCGAGAUACUUCUUUUCUCUUCCUCUUGACCAUCUGGCCUCUCUCUUUUCAAGCAGAAGUCCUCCCCUGCUCCGAGGCCUGGACUACCGUACGGGGGAGGUUUUCCUCUGAGGGGAAGUGGAAGGAGGAGCUGCUGAUCCGCAAGGACUACGAGUCGGCCUCGUUGAUGGAGAUCCGAGCUCUCACCCGCAAGCACGAGGCCUUCGAGAGUGACCUGGCGGCCCAUCAGGACCGUGUGGAGCAGAUAGCUGCCAUCGCCCAGGAGCUCAAGUCCCUCUCCUUCUCUUCCCUCUCUCUCUCUCUCUCUCUCUCUCUCUCCCUCUCUCUCUCUCUCUGUCCCUCACAGAGUCUGAUCACAGCCCAUGAGCAGUUCAAAGCCACACUGCCUGAAGCAGACAAGGAGAGGAUGGCCAUUAUGGGAAUCCAAAACGAGAUCAGCAAGAUUGCCCAGACCUACGGCAUCAAACUGUCGGGCAUCAACCCCUACACCAACCUCAACCACCAGGAGGUGGCCGGCAAAUGGGACAAGGUGAAGACAUUGGUCCCGCACCGAGACCAGACUCUGCAAGAGGAGCUCGCCCGACAACAGUCUAAUGAGCGUUUAAGACGCCAAUUUGCCGCUCAGGCCAACAUCAUUGGCCCUUGGAUCCAAACCAAGAUGGAGGAGAUCGGACACAUAUCCAUCGAUAUCGCCAGCUCGCUGGAGGACCAGAUGAACCACCUCAAGCAGAACGAGCAGAACAUUGUCAACUACAAGUCCAACAUCGACAAGCUGGAGGGAGACCACCAGCUCAUCCAGGAGGCCCUGAUAUUCGACAACAAACACACCAGCUACACCAUGGAGCAUAUCCGGGUGGGCUGGGAGCAGCUGCUGACCACCAUCGCCCGGACCAUCAACGAGGUGGAGAACCAGAUACUGACCCGUGACGCCAAGGGCAUCAGCCAGGAGCAGCUCAACGAGUUCCGCGCCUCCUUCAACCACUUCGACCCUUCGAGGAACGGCAAAAUGGAGCCCGACGAUUUCCGCGCCUGUCUCAUCUCCAUGGGAUACGACCUGGGUGAGGUGGAGUUCGCCCGCAUCAUGACCCUUGUGGACGCCAACAACACGGGCGUGGUCACCUUCCAGGCCUUCAUCGACUUCAUGACCCGAGAGACCGCGGAGACCGACACGGCAGAGCAGGUCAUGGCCUCCUUCAAGAUCCUCGCCUCCGACAAG